GUUUGUUUUGGUUUGUCGCUUGUCCGCUCAUCCUCCCGAGAAGAAAAGCCGCGGCGCGGAUCAAAAUUUUAAAUUUGCGACGCGCUUUUUGGUGUUUUUGGUGCAAUUUUUGUUUUUUUUUGUUUGUUUGGGCGCCGCCGGGCUGGAUAGACAGACGGUAAAAAAGAAUGAAAAUAGCGGUAGAAGGAUGCGCCCACGGCGAGCUGGAGAAGAUCUACGACCUGGUGGAGUCGAUUCAGCAGCGCGAGGGAUACCAAAUUGAUCUGCUGAUUUGCUGCGGUGACUUCCAGUCGACGCGGAACCUGGAGGACCUGCAGUGUAUGGCCGUGCCGAAGAAGCACCUGGACAUUUGCACGUUUUACAAAUAUUACAGCGGCGAAAAGGUGGCACCGGUUUUGACGAUUUUUAUUGGUGGGAACCACGAAGCGUCCAACUAUCUGCAGGAGUUGCCGUACGGUGGUUGGGUGGCGCCAAACAUUUACUAUCUUGGCUAUGCCGGUGUGGUGAACGUGAAGGGCGUCCGGAUAGGGGGCAUUUCGGGGAUCUACAAGGGACACGAUUAUCUGAAGGGAAGGUUCGAGUUUUCUCCGUUUAAUGAAUCGACGAAAAGAAGCGUGUACCACAUCCGGCAGUUGGACGUGUUUCGGUUGAAGCAGCUUUCGCCCAAGGUGGACAUUUUGCUGUCGCAUGAUUGGCCCCGCGGAAUAACCGACUUUGGCAAUAAGAACCAGCUGCUGCGGUUCAAGCCGCACUUUCGGGAGGACAUCGAGGACAACAAGCUAGGCAGUCCGCCGUGCGAGGACCUGUUGAUGACGCUGCGGCCGCCGUACUGGUUCGCGGCACAUUUGCACUGCAAAUUUUCGGCACUCGUUCAGCAUGAUGAAGGGGAAAGUACCAAGUUUUUAGCGCUGGACAAAUGCUUGCCAAAGAGGAGGUUCUUGCAAGUGCUGGAAAUUGAAACCGCCGAGGAGGGCAAGGCAGAACUCAAGUACGACCUCGAGUGGCUAACCAUUCUCAGCUUGACGAACCAUUUGAUAAGUAUCAAGGGGAUCAACGGUUACAUGCCAGGGGAAGGCGGUUCCGAGCGAUUCAAUUUCACCCCAACCGAAGAGGAGAAGAACGCCAUCUUGGAACGCUUCCAGAACGAUCUUCGAAUCCCACAGAACUUCACCAGAAUCGCCGAGCCGUACAACCCCUCAGCAGGCACAGACUUCGAUCUGGUCGAGCAACCGAAAGCUUUCAUCAACCCACAAACGACGGAAUUCUGCAACAAACUAAACCUCGACGAUCCCCUCCAGCUGGCCAUGCUCAUGACUGGCCACUCGCUCAACACCUCAACCUACGUCGACCAAGGCCCAACCCCGAACACGUCCGCCACCAGCCCGGAACGCAACGAAGACGAAGUCCCACUGGAAGACUCCAACUCUUCCGACGACGAACCAACAACCCACUUCCUAUCCCGUGCCCCGCUGGCAUCGGUCCUCCCGAAGCCCAAAUGGCGCCAGGACUCAACGUCGGACCUUUCCUCCACCCUGGACGAUUCCUCCCUCUCAACGUCCAACCGCAGUCUGCUGAGCUUGCCGACGCCCAAGAAGGAAAGCUCGGCGUCGGAAAACUUUGCCAUCGACGAGCUGAACCUGUCCAGUCCGAAGGUGGCCGUUGAUGAGCCGCCCCAAGCCGAGAAGAAGAGCGAGUCGGAGGACAAGCCGCCGAUGAAAAAGUUCAAGCGGAGAAACGAAGCGAUCUACGCCAAGGAGGAUAGCGAGUGAACGGGGUGAGUUUGCUUUCUUGUUCGUGUGUUUUUGUAUGAUGCAAUAGUUGAGGUUGGACCUCUUAUUCUCUUCAGCGUGUACGGUGGGAUAAACCGUAAUGGUGGUACAAAUCCGAAAUUGUACAACGUCCAAUAAUGUGACAAACGAGAUCGUGUAAUUGAUGAAUGAAUUAAUAAAUUGUUUUAUAUGAA